AAGUUUAGAUGAAGAAUUACAAUCAAUUACUGCUAAUAAGAAAGCGUUGGCCUUAGAAAAGGCUGCUUUGACGAAAGAAAAAACCGAAUUAUCACAACAAUUAGACAAUUUACAAAAGGAAUCUAAUCGGCACGCUAAGAAAAACACAUCUAUUAAUGAGCUUGAAACACGACUGCGGAGAUUACAGAAAG